UGUCAUCUGACUUUGACGCAGGCGCAUCUGCUUUCCUACACUCGAAAACAGCAAGAGCGACAGUGAAAGAGGAGAGAUCAACAUGGUUCCUAGAGUUAAGAUUCUAAGCGGCGCGGUGAUCGUGUGGCUGUUGGUGUUUUCCUCCCUGAUCCCCGCAGCGGAGGCCUACGACGCGGGCGACGCACUGGCCCUACUGCUGUUCACUAUCCUGACGAUAGUUGGGUUCUGCACAGGCCUCGGCUGGUACGCGCGGAGGCGGAACGGGCCACUCUGAGGACGGAGGAUUUCAUACACCUUUAACUUUUCUACUGUGUGCUGCAUCAAACUUUCUUACGCAUGCGUCCCCCUCCUAAAUACACGGAACUUUUGGCGCAGGCUCUGUUCUGAAACGUGCCUUAUUGGAUUCCAAAGAUGAACCGGGGAAACCACGUGAAACCGGGGAAGGGAGGAAGGAAACAUUCCAGGAAAUGUGCGAACACAACGCUGUGAUUAUGAAACAAAAACUGUUGCCUUUCAUUCAAAAAGACUGCUGUCUUUUUUCCAAAUAUGUUUCUAGCUUUAAAUAAUCAAUGUGGUUACUUGAUAUGCUUUUAAAAUCAACACUGAUUGAGGUGAUCCAUGAUAUCACGACUAGACUUUGCAAAAUUUAACUAGAUGAUGUGAUUACCACUUUUGUAAAGAAUAAACUUCUCUAAUCAAA